AACAAUGCAAAAACAACAGCGAUAGCAAAACGGCAAUCAGAGGGCUGAAGUGGGCACUUAACAUCGAAGGGUCAGAGGGGCCGAGGAAACCGGGCCGUCCAGUGGCGGUCAUCACAGCCACCACAAAGCAGCUUACCUUCGCGCUGCUACAGCUUCAGGUUGAACAUUCCUGGGCCGUUGCAUGCUGCAAGUGGAGUGAAACGAGAGGCUUCAGGGCCUGCAAACUCUGGCUACCCAAUGAGUUCUGUUGAAACACGGGAGGAAGUAGAACUCAUUGUGAUCUUCAGGACACUACUUCUAAUGGAUUUCAGUAGCAAACACCUGCUAUAACAUGAGUUUGUGAUACCAGGUUUUAUGACUGGAGGGCCAAUCAAACACCUGCUUGAACAAAAUAGGCAAUACAAUCCAAGUGACCUGCUUACCUCUUUACUGAGAUCUGAGAGCAGCCGCUGUAUCUUCAAAGCAGGUACUUGAUAAAAGCACCUUAAUUUACAAUGGCUGAUCAAAGACAGCGUGCACUUUCUACCUCAGGAGAAGGACUAUACCAAAUUCUAGGUUUAGAGAAAGGAGCUACACAUGAGGAAAUAAAAAAAUCCUACAGAAAACUUGCCUUGAAACACCACCCAGACAAAAAUCUAGACAACCCAGAUGCAUCUGAGAAGUUCAAAGAGAUCAACAACGCUCAUUCAAUAUUGACGGAUAUUUCAAAACGGAACAUUUAUGACAAAUACGGCUCCCUCGGUCUCUACAUCGCUGAACAGUUCGGUGAAGAGAACGUGAACACAUAUUUCAUGCUUUGUAGCCCAUGGGCAAAGGGUCUUUUCGUAUUCUGCGGAGUGAUCACUUGCUUUUACUGCUGCUGCCUCUGUUGCUGCUGCUGUAACUGUUGCUUUGGGAAAUGCAAACCUAAGUCUCCGGGAGGCGAAGAGUAUGAAAGUUACGUAUCACCAGAAGAUCUGGAAGAACAAAUCCGCAUGGACAAAGAGAACGAAGGAAACGUUCCCAUCGUUCUUCAGCCAACAAAUGCAAAUGAAAAAACUCAGCUAAUUGGUGAUAGCCGACGUACCUACAACACAGAUGGAUAGAACCUGAGAGAAUCGGAAGUUGAGCUGAAAUUCCAUGCAACAUUACAAUAGGAUUUGUCUUGAGAGAGGUUGCAGCUUUCAUUUGGAAAAUUAAGCCAUCAACUACCAAUUUUUAAUCACUUAAGAACACCAUGAAUUCUGUCCAGCAAAUUAAAGAAAUGAUCUAUAAACAAAGUCAAAUGUUUUUUUUUUGCUCUGAACAUGAUAAUAUCAAUUUCCUUUCAUUUUGCUUACUUUAUCUUAUAAUGUUACCUGGAAAUAAGCAGUCAUUUAUUUUAAAUUAUACUGGUGAAAAAAAUGUCUUUAAUGUAUUCCAACAACUCUACCUACCACAAAUUAAUUGUCAGGCUUUGUAUAAUAUGGAAGCAGUUUCAGCUUGCUGGAUAAGACAAUAUAGCUAUUAAACAGUCCCCAGCAAUGCUGGAAGUGAAAGCUGGAUCACUUCUUUCCACUUUACUAGCUAUUCAUUCCCCAACAGAAAUGAAUCUACUGCUCCAAGUAUUUCAGUAGUUCAAAUAUUUAUGAUUGCCUUUUUUAUGGGAGGAAUAUUAACAUUGCAUGUUGAACAACAACAGACAUGCUCGUCAGUUCUACAACGGAAACAUAUGAUGACAAAUACAGGAAUUAAGUCAGAUUGGAUGAUCCAUGUGAAGUGCUAAUUAACUAUGCUAAAGAUUUUAGCAGCGGGCUUCAGGUCAAAAAGGAAGUUCAUUAAAAUAAUUUGAACAAAUCAAUACAGAAAUGAAUUGCUUCUUUAGAACAGGGAUUUUCAAUCUAUCUUAACCAUAACUUUGGCUCAGUCAUUUGCACUUUAGCUCUGUAAAUUUAGGAUGGUAUAGUUUAGCUUUCAUAAUAUAUUUAUUUCUCAAAUAUCUGCAAACAAAAGAAAUUAAUUUCUAUUUUGUAUGCA